AUGGCGACGAAGUUCGUCGUGCCCAAGGGCUGGCGGCCCGGCCCCGUGUCCAAGCUGCUCGCGUUCGUCGUCGACACGUACAACGGCAAGCGCGCCGGCAACGCGCUCGAUGUGGCUGCAUGCCACCUCGAGGUCGGCGGCUUCGCGCUCGGGUCCGAGGAGGUCGUGGAGGCCGUGCUGAAGCCGCGCGACGAGGUGCUGCUGCGGCCGGGCGCGUCGCUCGCCCGCGGCGAGCGGGCGCUCGCCGCGGCGGCGGCCGAGGCGGACGCGCGCGCGCGGGCGGACGCGGCCCGGCGGGCGCGCGAGGGCAAAGUCAAGUGCUUGAACCACGGCUGCGGCACACUCUUCGACCCAAACGACAACCCGGCGGGGGCCUGCGCGCACCACCGCGCGCCGCCGUUCGUCAGCGGCGGCUACAAGGGCUGGCGCUGCUGCAACCCCAAGCCGACGAUGGACUGGGACGAGUUCGCGUGUUACCCGGCCUGCGCGACGGGCCGCCACAGCGCGGAGCCGCCGCCGCCCUUCGCGCCGCCGGCGGAGGCGGCCAAGGCCGCCGCGGCGGUCGAGUCGGACGACGACGACGGCGGCGCGGCGGCCGCGGCCGCGGCGGCCGCCGCGGCGGCCGCGCCCGCGGCGCCCGAGGACGACGUCUCGCUCGCCGCCGUCCCGGGCGACGACGGCGACUUCAAGUGCCUCAACAACGGCUGCGGCCAGUUCUUCUGGGAGGAGGAGAACUUCAAGGGCCGCUGCCACUUCCACAAGGGCCGGCCCGAGCCCGCGCGCGGCGAGGGCCUCUACCGGUGGUCGUGCUGCCCGUCGAAGACCGCGGCGCGCGACGAGCUCCGGAGCGUGCCCGGCUGCGAGCGGGCCGCGCACUGGCGCGGGGCCGGGGCCCCGCGCGACGUCGCCUGCGUGCCCUGCCGCUGGGAAUUUUGA